GGACGGCACCAUCGCCACCGGCAGCCCAGCGCCGCCACCUUCCUCCGGCCUUGGAGGCGAAGGCAGCGCCCGCCGUUGGUCGCUGCCGUCACGGGGCAGCGCCCCCUGGUGCGCCGGUCCAGCCGCUGAGGGCGGGCCUGGCCGGGCCGCAGGGAGCGGGGCCUGACCCGGUAGGGCUUGGCCCGGAAGCCCGCCCACCGCGGCCGCGUGAGCUUCCCUGGCAGGGGGUGCUGCGGGGCCCUUUGCUCUCCUCUGCACGCCUCCUGGAGCCGGGGUGCCUGCUCGGCGCGGAGCCGCUAGCUCCCGAGCCGCGCCGCUGGUAGCGGUCGGUGAAAGGCCAGCUCGCCUGACCCUCUUCGUUUCUUUCCCCGGAGCAGGCCCCCGGAGCGGAGCCGGAGAUGCUCAUGCACAUGGAUCAGAAGGAGGAACUGCGGUUGUCCCGGCCCCGCUCCUGCGAAGGGAAGAGUGCUCUGAGCGGCACCUCAGCUGAAGAUGGGAUUGUGAGCACAAAUGAAGAGAAUGACCAUCAAGGCAUCCCCAUCCACACAGGGGAGCGGCCCUACGAGUGCUCCGAGUGCAGGAAGAGCUUCAGAGAGACCUCGAAGCUGAUCCGGCACCAGGUAACCCACACUGGGGAGAAGCCCUACAAGUGUGCUGAGUGUGGGAAGAGCUUCUCCGAGAACUCAAAGCUCGUCCAGCACCAGUGGGUGCACACUGGGGAAAAACCGUACGAAUGCAGGACCUGCGGGAAGAGCUUCUGCGUGAGUUCAAGUCUUAUCCGGCACCAGGUAACCCACACCAGGGAGAAUCCCCACAAGUGUGCUGAGUGCGGGAAGAGCUUCUCUGAGUACUUGAACCUUGUCCAGCACCAGUGGGUGCACACUGCGAAGAAACCCGAUGAGUGUAGGACCUGUGGGACGACCUUCAGCUCGACUUCAGCCCUGAGACGACACCAACGGAUCCACACUGGGGACAAACCCUAUGGGUGUAUGGAUUGUGGGAAGAGCUUCGGCCACAGCUCCACGCUCAUGAAACACCGGCUGAUCCACACUGGGGAGAGACCCUACAUCUGCACGUACUGCGGGGACAGCUUUCGGCAGAGUGCCCACCUCAUCCGGCACCAACGCAUCCACACCGGGGAGCGUCCCUACGUCUGUGCUGAGUGCGGAAAGGGCUUCAGAGUGAGCUCAACGCUCUUCCGGCACCAGCAGAUCCACAAGGAUUGGGGAGCCCUAGGUGGGGUGAGUGUGGGGAGCAGUGGGGUCUGAUACCCUGUGAGCAAACCCUGGUGUCUCCCCCUCCCUUUGACCAUCCUGCUUGUGGAGGGCAGAAGCAGUUUCUUCCUAGGAGAGUGAGCCCUCAGAGAUGAAGAAGGGGAGAGCUGGUGGAGGGAGCUGAUUGGAGGUUUUGGGGCAGGUGCCAGGAGGAAGGUGCCCAACUCCUUUCAGUGGUGGGCAGCCCCAGGAUGAGGAGCAGUGGCCAUGAACUGAAACAGAAGAGGUUUGACCUCCACACAAGGAAGAACUUGUUCCGUUGCAGUGGCAGAGCACUGAGCAGGCUGCGCAUCAUAUGCUCCAUCUCUGG